AUGAGUAACGAGAGCACAGAGACCAAACGGAAGGUCAAAAAUGGAUCAUUCCGAUCCAUUUUCAUGCAUGCCGAUGGUGUCGACAUGUUUCUGAUGACUCUUGGGUUUUUAGGUGCCGUUGGCGAUGGAUUUUCGGUGCCGUUGAUGUUGCUUGUGAUGAGCAAAAUGAUGAACAAUAUCGGGAGCUCUGCUUCUCUAUCGAUGGACGUUUUCAUCGACAAAAUGAACAAGAAUGCAGCAAUUCUUUGUUACAUGGCGAUUGGAAUAUGUGUAGCAUGUUUUCUUGAGGGGUACUGUUGGGCAAGAACAGCAGAAAGGCAGGCAUCAAAGUUGAGAUCAACAUAUCUGAAAGCAGUUUUACGGCAAGAAGUGGCGUAUUUCGACUUGAACACUACAAGCACGAGCGACAUCGUCACCAGUGUUUCGAGUGAUAGCCUUCUCAUUCAAGAAGUCAUUAGCGAAAAGGUCCCGGUGCUCGUGAUGAACGUGGCCGUUUUUGGCGGGGCAUAUUUUGUGGGAUUUAUAUUACUAUGGAGGCUAGCAGUUGUUGCGCUUCCAUUCAUCCUCAUUUUAGUUACGCCGGGUCUGAUUUGUGGAAGGGUUCUGAUGAGCUUAUCAAGAAAGAUAAGGGAGGAGUAUAACAAGGCCGGUUCGGUGGCGGAGCAGGCGAUUUCUUCGGUGAGGACGGUUUAUUCAUUUGUCGGUGAAAAUAAAGCGAUAACGGAAUUUUCCGCUGCUCUGGAAGGAACUUUGAAGAUGGGUUUAAAGCAAGGUUUGGCGAAAGGAGUGACGAUCGGGAGCAACGGUCUUGCAUUUUGCGUGUGGUCGUUCAUGGCAUGGUAUGGUAGUCGAUUGGUGAUGUACCAUGGAGCUAGAGGAGGAACUGUGUUUGCGGUUUCAUCCGUCGUUGCCUUGGGUGGACUAUCAUUGGGUUCUGGAUUAUCCAACGUCAAAUUCAUUUCCGACGCCAUGGCCGCCAGCGAACGCAUAAAAGAAGUGAUCGAAAGAGUUCCGGCGAUAGAUUCCGACGACAUGGCAGGGGAGACAUUACAACAAGUCUCCGGUGAAGUGGAAUUCAAGAACGUAAAGUUUGCUUACCCAUCGAGGCCGGAAUCUUUGAUUUUCAAAGACUUCAACUUGAAAAUUCCGGCAGGGAGGACGGUGGCGCUGGUGGGCGGGAGUGGUUCCGGCAAAUCGACGGUGAUUGCAUUGUUGCAGAGGUUUUAUAAUCCUCACGGAGGAGAGAUUUGUAUGGAUGGUAAGAGAAUCGAUAAGCUUCAACUAAAAUGGUUGAGAUCGCAAAUGGGUUUGGUGAGUCAGGAGCCUGCUUUGUUUGCGACCACCAUAAAAGAGAAUAUACUUUUUGGUAAAGAAGAUGCCGCCAUGGAUGAAGUGAUUGAAGCUGCAAAAGCUUCAAAUGCUCAUAAUUUCAUCUCUCAAUUGCCUCUGGCUUAUGACACACAGGUUGGAGAAAGAGGGGUUCAAAUGUCAGGUGGGCAAAAACAAAGAAUUGCAAUUGCUCGUGCAAUAAUCAAGUCACCUCAUAUCCUUCUCUUGGACGAGGCAACGAGUGCACUCGACUCGGAAUCGGAACGAGUCGUUCAGGAGGCACUCGAUCAAGCCUCCGUUGGUCGGACCACCAUCGUCGUAGCUCAUCGUCUCACCACAAUACGAAACGCCGACGUAAUAGCCGUCGUCAACAACGGUCAGGUGGUCGAGUCGGGCUCUCACAACGAACUCAUCCAACUCGAAAACGGGUUCUACACAUCCCUCGUCCGCCUCCAAGAAACCAAACCACACGACGAACCCACCAACCAUUUCCCACUCGGACCAUCAUCGGCAUUCGACGUCCACAACACGAGCAGCCGUCGACACUCGAUAGUCAGCCGCUCGAGCUCUAUAAACUCGGUCAACCACGGUGAAAACCCGAACUUGGCCAACGAAGAAUUUCCGGUACCGUCCAUUAAGCGGCUUUUAGCGAUGAACGCUCCUGAAUGGAAGGAAGCGUUGUUUGGGAGUGUAGGAGCUGUUCUAUUUGGUGCAGUUCAGCCGGUUUAUAGAGAUAUAAAGUCGUACCAUUUAAGAACUCUAAGGAAAUACUUCGCACUAGUGAGCCAAGAACCGACAUUAUUCGCUGGUACUAUACACGAAAACAUCAUCUACGGGGCAUCAGAGGAAGUUUCGGAAUCGGAGAUCAUCGAAGCUGCAAAAGCAGCCAAUGCUCAUGAUUUCAUAGCGGUUUUGAAAGACGGGUACGAUACAUGGUGCGGAGAUCGAGGGGUCCAACUCUCCGGAGGACAAAAGCAACGCAUUGCUAUAGCUCGUGCCAUACUGAAAAACCCCGCAAUUCUGUUACUAGACGAGGCCACGAGCGCGUUGGAUAGUCAGUCGGAGAAAGUGGUUCAAGACGCACUGGAGCGGAUGUUGGUGGGGCGGACGAGCGUGGUGGUGGCGCACCGGCUGAGUACGAUCCAAAGUUGCGAUACGAUUGCGGUUUUGGAGAAAGGGAAGGUGGUGGAGAAAGGGAACCAUGGUUCGUUGCUAGCGAAAGGACCGACUGGGGCUUACUACGCCUUGGUUCGGGUUCAGAAGCCUAAUUCAGGCUAA